AUGCUACGAGUUGUAGGGAGGAGGCUUUUGUCUGUUCAGCAGAGAUCAUCAUCGACUGCGACAUCCGUCGUCCUUGCCAGAGAUUAUACCAUCUCCAAUGGAGGAGGUGGCUCAUCUUCCACCACCAGAUCUGUUCCCUCUGCAGAUCUUUCAUCUUUCAAUUCUUACCACCGGAGCCUUAUAAGAGGUUUCUCAUCUCAAGUCAUUACUCAAGGGAAUGAGAUAGGUUUUGCAUCUGAAGUCCCAGCCACCGUUGAGGCAGUCAAAACACCUAACUCAAAGAUUGUCUAUGAUAACCACAACCAUGAGCGUUACCCACCUGGUGACCCUAGCAAACGUGCAUUCGCCUACUUCGUCCUCUCUGGUGGGAGAUUUGUAUACGCCUCUGUUCUCCGCCUUCUUGUUCUCAAGCUCAUUGUCAGCAUGUCAGCAAGUAAAGACGUCCUUGCCCUUGCUUCCCUCGAGGUUGAUUUGGGGAGCAUCGAACCAGGAACUACUGUUACAGUUAAGUGGCGUGGAAAGCCUGUCUUCAUCAGGAGAAGAACAGAGGAUGACAUCAAGCUGGCAAACAGUGUUGAUCUUGGUUCUUUGAGAGACCCUCAAGAAGAUGCGGUUAGGGUCAAGAAUCCGGAGUGGUUAGUUGUGGUUGGAGUCUGCACUCAUUUGGGAUGCAUCCCUUUGCCUAAUGCUGGUGACUACGGUGGUUGGUUUUGUCCGUGUCAUGGUUCGCAUUAUGAUAUCUCUGGAAGGAUUAGGAAAGGUCCUGCGCCGUAUAACCUGGAAGUACCAACGUACAGCUUCUUGGAAGAGAAUAAGUUACUCAUUGGUUGA